AUGUUAACUUAUGGUAUAAGAUCGGUCAAUUGGCACUUCGCCUUGUACGCAUUCCACUGGCACGACAUGCCUUUGAAGAAGGACUCCAAUGUAAUUCUGAUCACUGGCCUUGUCUGGAUAACCCUAGUCACUGUCCUUUAUACAAUCUAUGAUUAUAGUAACUGUCUGUAUUUCAUCUGUAAGGCUCUGGAGAGAGACUGUCGUUACAGCAAAGGCCUAGUGCUAAAGGAGAAGAUUUUUGAGGAGCAGCCAUGUCUUAGAAAGGACUCUUUUCGUAUGUUUAUGAAAUGUGACAUUUCUAUUCAUGAUGUAAAUGUCAAUGAAGAAGAGGCAAAGAGAAUUGUGGAAGAAGCAUUAGACUUGCGAAGGAAGAGACAGGCUUUAAAUGUGAAAAAGCAGGAGCCUGAUUUAAAGCUGGUUCAGCCAAUCCCAUUUUUUACUUGGAAGUGUCUUGGUGAAAGUCUUCUGGCCAUGUAUCGUCACCUCACAACCUGUGAACCCCCCCGUCCUAGUUUGGGAAAAAGGGUAGACCUUUCAGACUACAAAGAUGCAUCACAACCUCUUCCUGUUCCCCAGACCUCCUCUCCAAUAAGCAUAUCCACAGACAUACCCUACAUCUCGACUCCCACAACACCAGCUAUCCCAGCACCAGAGCCAGUUUCUGCAGUGUCCUCUGUUACUCCUUCUCUGUCUUCUCAGAAUGUCAGUGAUUUGUCCCCUGUACAAGAUCAGUUGGCAAGUGACAAGAGCAAGAAAGGUGUGAAGAGGAAGAGGGUGUCUGAGGAUGCCGGGGAAACAGCUAAAAGACGCUCUGCCCGGGUCCGUAACACUAAAUGCAAAAAGGAGGAGAGAAUCGAUUUUCAAGAAUUGUUAAUAAAAUUCUUGCCUUCCAGGCUUCGCAAAUCUGACUUAGAGGAAGAAGAGGAUUCCAUCAGCAACUAUGAGAUGCAUUCAGACAUAAAACGGAACAAUUUCCAAGCUGGUGAUCAUGUGAUGUCAUUUGAUUCUACUACAUUCAUGGAGUCAGAGAAGCAAGAUGUGCACCAAUUUUUGUUCGCUAAUCUGGAAAAUGGUGGCAUUCUGGAACUUUUGAUGAGAUAUCUGAAAGUGAUUGCUCAGAAAUUUCUGGUGAAGUGGCCUCCAGGACUAGCAGAUGUUGUGCUUAAUAUAUACAUUAGCUGGCGGAAGCACAGUAGUGGACUGCCCAACCCACUACUCAGAGACUGCAAGAACCAGCACAUUCGGGACAUGAUGGUUAUGAGUUUGACUUGCAUGGAGCUUCAGCUGGACCAGUGGCUUAUAUCCAAAGUGAAAAAUGGCACAGCAUCUCCUUGGAAGUGUCCUGUUGGUGUUGCUGGAGACUGCUUUGGACCUGAGUUCUCUGGAUCUCACUUUUUGGAGGAUCAGAUGAUGAUGGGUUUUGCAGCUUCUCAACGUGACCUGUUUCUAGAUGGCUGGCUCAACUAUGUAGUGAGAGUCUACUGGCUGAAGGCAAGAUUGUUGGCUCUCCAGGGAGACAUGGAACAGGCUUUAGAAAACUUUGACAUCUGUACUGACCUCUUUCAAACUCCAGAAGCUAGAGAAUACAGACUAAAAGAAAAGGAGGAAUCUGUGGUAAUAAGAUUACCAAAUCUACAGCUAGACUCUACUGUUUCUGUGGAGGAGAUUGAGAAUAGUCUAAAGUCUCUGGAGAGAUGCCAGUCACUGGAGGAGAUCCAACGAUUACAUGAAAUAGGGGACUACUCUUCAGUGGUUCGUCUAGUGUGCCCUACAUUGUUGAUGAGUGGUUACGGCCGGUCUAAACACCUUGACUUCAUGACCUCACCUCCUGAAAGGCCUGCCCAGCUGCUACUUAUGCAGGAUUCCUUACUGAAACUCUCAAAUUUCAAACAAUGCUUUGAGUGUUCAGAGGUUGCACUGAAUGAAGCCAUCCAACACAUGAUGAGCCUGACAUCUGGCUCAGCUAAGGAGGAAUGGGUUGCCACAGCAACACAGUUACUCUCGGGGAUCGAUCUGGCUUUAUCAUCUGGCAGCAGUAUUUUGCAGGAGCCCACACUGACACCACGUCUUGUGCGUCUCAGCAACAACCUCAUACAGCUAAUAGACUGCAGUAUGGCUGUGCAGGAGGAUACUAAGGAGCCAUCUGUGUCCUCUGUCCUGCCUUGGAUUAUCCUCCAUCGAAUUAUCCAGUAUGAAGAGGAGAACUUCCGCUCUAUGUGUCAGCAGCAUGGACGAAGAGGUGAUAAGGAAGGAGAUUCAAGCACUCCAAUGCUCCCAUCCUCUCUCAUGUUGCUGAACGCAGCCCAUGAAUACCUGGGCAGAAGAUCAUGGUGUUGUAACUCUGAUGGAGCCCUUCUCAAAUUUUAUGUACGUGUUCUUCUGAAAGAACUGGCUGUGUCCAUCAAUGAAGAUGCCCAUCCUUUUAAAGAGGAACUAGAGACAGCUCUGGAGCAGUGUUUCUACUGUUUGUAUGGCUAUCCAAGCAAGAAAAGCAAGGCUCGAUAUCUGGAGGAACAUUCAGUUCAGCAGGUGGAGCUGCUGUGGGAAGAUGCACUUAUCUUGUUUGAGUACUUCAAACCGAAAACUCUACCAGAAUUUGAUAGCUACAAAACCAGUACAGUCUCUGCUGAUCUAGCAAACCUGCUAAAGAAGAUGUCCUCAAUUGUACCUCAAUCGGAUAAGCCUAAAUUGAGCAUGGACACCGUAUCUUCUUACAUUGAAGGCACAGGCAACAAGGCGCCAGCUCUUCCAGAAGGUGCAGAUGAUUCCCCUGUAGUACUGAAUGAGUUAUAUUACCUUCUUGCUGAUUAUCAUUUUAAAAACAAGGAGCAAUCCAAAGCCAUUAAAUUCUACAUGCAUGAUAUCUGCAUCUGUCCCAACAGAUUUGAUUCCUGGGCUGGCAUGGCCCUAGCAAGAGCAAGUCGUAUCCAGGACAAACUCAAUUCUAAUGAUAUGAAGAGUGAUGGCCCCAUAUGGAAACAUGCCACUGCUGUAUUAAACUGCUUUAAGCGAGCAUUGGAAAUUGACACCUCUAAUCUGUCCUUGUGGAUUGAGUAUGGCACGAUGUCCUAUACUCUGCACUCUUUUGCUUCCCGUCAGCUCAAGCAGUUUAUCAAAGAGGUCCCUCCAGAGGUGGUGGCACAGGUAAGGAAACGUCGGGACAGCAUGCUUGAGACAGCCAAGCAAUGUUUUAUGUCUGCUUCUCGUUGUGAAGGAGAUGGAGACGAGGAAGAGUGGUUAAUUCAUUAUAUGUUGGGCAAAAUUUGUGAAAAACAGAAAGCAGCUCCAGAGCUGUAUCUGCAACACUACAAACAGGCAGCUCAUUACCUGCAUGAGGAAGCUGCUCGUUACCCUAAGAAGAUUCACUAUCACAAUCCUCCAGAGCUGGCCAUGGAGGCUUUAGAGGUGUACUUCCGUCUUCACGCGUCUGUCUUGAAACUGCUGGAAAAACCUGUCCAUGAGCUGGAUCAUAAAAUGUUAUUUACUGUCAUGAAAGAAGCUUCAGAGGGGCCUUUCGCCAAAGGAGAGGAGAAAAAUACACCAAAAACCAAUGAGAAGGAGAAGCAUAGUACGUUGGAUGAGGACUCCCACUCUUCGGCUGGGACGAUGCCGGGCCCUGGAAAUUCCAUUCCUUCCUCCUCCUCCGGUCCAGGUCUGACAUCUCCACCUUACACAGCCACUCCGACUGACCACGAUUACAUCAAAUGUAAACCCCCCCGUCAUCAGGCCACGCCGGACGAUCGCAGUCAGGACAGCAUUGCAGUUGUGCUGUCGGACUCUAGCUCCACACAGGACACAUUCACAGAACCUGCCAGCUCCCAGGACAGCACCAAGAGGUUGUUCUUGGAGAAAAGAUCCAACUAUUCUCAUUCUACAAUACAGUAUAAAGAUGUCCAGACACAUAUGGAUGAAAGAGGGAAAACUGAUGAACAGAUGGAACAGGUAGACACAACCAGCUCAGCAGAACAGAGAGCCGGCCCCGAAGUGCAGACAUCCCCCACCUGCAUUACUCAUGCAAGGGUUUUGGUUGCACCAUUGUCUGACCCUAGGAAGAAGCCGGAAGCUAUUGAAGUAUCAGAAUAUCCCCAGACCCUACCUGAAGAUUCUGAUGGGCAACGCACAGUCUUAAUUGAGCAAUGCAUCACUUCCUUUAAACUUUGUCUAAGCCGCUUUCCCCAACACUACAAGAGUCUGUACAGGCUGGCUUAUCUGUAUACUCACAGCAACACGCACCAGGUAAGAUAG